AUGGCGAAUCGUGGACGGACGCUGGACCCUGAAGUCUUCUCGAUCAACGAUCUGAAAGACAAGGCGUCCAAAAACCUCCCCAAGAUGUAUCGAGAGUACUUUAACGAGGGCGCCAUGGACAUGAUAACUCUUCGAGACAAUGAAGCCGCCUUUGACAGGUAUCGGAUACGACCUCGUAUUCUGCGCAAUGUGUCCACAAUCGACACGAGUACCACAAUAUGGGGAAGUAAAGUGCUAUUCCCGUUCGGGUUCUCCCCCGCGGCUAUGCAUCGACUUGCUCAUCCAGAAGGCGAAGUGGGUACUUCAAGGGCCUGUGCAGCUCUGAACGUGGCGAUGGGGCUCAGCGCCUACUCAACUGACUCGCUGGAAGACGUUAUCAAGCAGAGUGAGGGAGUGACAAACCCGUAUGCUAUGCAGGUCAGUCUUCUGAAGAGUCAAGAGUUGACCGUACGACUGUUGAAGAGGGCCGAGCAAGCAGGCUAUAAGGCUAUCCUUCUGACAGUUGAUGCGCCAAUGCUGGGACGACGAUUGAAUGAGUUCCGCAACUCCUUCUCUAUGCCGAAAGGUACCUCAUAUCCCAACAUUGCUCCAGGCCUAGACAUGAGCAACUUAGAGGGCGGAGACAAUGAAUUGGCCUAUGAAAACGGCCUGAACUGGGACGAAGCCAUCUCAUUUGUCAAACGUCACACAACCCUGGAGCUGUGGAUAAAAGGAAUAUACACCGCGGAAGACGUGGCCACUGCUAUCCAUUACGGCUUGGACGGUGUAGUCAUCUCCAACCACGGCGGACGACAACUGGACAGUGUCCCUGCGACCUUGGACGCUCUCCGAGAAUGCGCCCCCGUUGCAAAGGGCAAGCUCAAGAUUGCCAUCGACGGCGGGAUUCGACGUGGGACCGACAUUUUCAAAGCCUUGGCUUUGGGCGCCGAUUUCUGCUUUGCCGGACGAAUCCCAAUCUGGGGAUUGGCAUACAACGGCCAAAAGGGGGUAGAGCUGGCCAUCCAGCUCCUGUACGAUGAGUUCAAACUCACAAUGGGUUUGGCUGGGUGCAAGACGAUCUCGGAGAUCAAUCGCGGACACCUCUCAAUUUUAGAGAGCAAUGGUGUUCUAUCGAAGCUGUGA